AUGGCAGAUCAUUUCUAUCAAAAUGAAAUGUCGGUGUUCAUCAAAGAAGAAGACCCACCGCCACCUAAAACCACCACAAAUCCCCUAACAAAGAUUCUAUCUCUUCCCUACAACCUAUUUUCCGAUAAAAUCAAACGAGCAGCCUUAAACCUCAAACAAAUUAUUGUGUUAGAGACUUGGGGAAACACCAGGAAACGUUUAAACGAUUACACAUUGUACACAGAAUAUCUUCCACAACCAUCACCCUUUGACCACCGUCCGCCACCACCACAACCCUGUGACCACCGUCUGCCUCCACCACUGUCCGCCACCACCUUAGUCUGCCACUACCACCAUCUGCCACCUCCAUAUAUGGUUCCACCAUUACCCAUAAUCCCUUUCCCCCCAUCGUUCACCUCCUCCGAUAACCUGUUUUCAACCAUCUCCGGCAACCGUUCGCCUCUGAACAUGACCAUUGUUAACCUCCAACAAACACCACAGUUCACCUCUGCCAACAACAACCAAUCACGACAUCCACCACCAUUGUUGAAAUCUAAUUCUAACCUGAAAUCAAAACCAAGGGCUUAG